UGAUUAUCUCAACCUCGCAACUCUUAAAUCGCUUCAAUAUAAGAAUUCAGUCCCAGCUGUCAAAAGCAAACUUAGGUACAGCUGUCCGCCCCUUCCUGGCAUUGUCCGGUAGUCACGCCUACAUCGCCUUCGCAGCUGCCGGACUCUCCUACAAAAGCAAAAUAAAAACAAAAUAAAAACAUAACACAAUACAACAACAUGGCAUCUCUCAGAACCCAAGCAGCAGCCGCCACCAUGCUUCGAAGCGCGAGAUUGGUUCCGAAUAGGCAGGCUUUGGCCAUGGCGCAGCGACGCUUCAAGACCGACGACUCGAGAACUUCUCUUACCGAGACGACCGAACAAGCUGUUAUCCCUGAGGAGAAGCCGCGCAAUGCUCCCGACUAUGGUGUGCACAUCGACCGAGCUACAUCAACAUUCACACCCGUGCCGAAGCGAGUAAUGGAUGGUAGCGAAGACAAUGUCGUCCUCCCCGCCGCUGUGCUCUCUGGCGCACCGGUGGAAUUACAGGCCAGAACCGUUCGCAUCUACCAACCCUCCAAACCCGCCACGCAGUCAGGAACCUGGGGUAGCCACAACUGGAGAAUGGACUGGGACAUCCUAGCCAAGGGACACCGAUGGGAGAACCCUCUAAUGGGCUGGGAAUCAUCCGGUGAUUUUAUGCAGGGCACCAAGCUCGAAUUCAAGAGCAAGGAAGACGCCAUUGCUUUCGCCGAGAAGCAAGGUUACGAAUAUUUCGUACAAGAACCCAAUGUUCGAGCUUUUGCGCCGAAGGCUUAUGCCAAUAACUUCUUGUAUACGCCCAAGAAGCUAAAGCACGUGCGAACCAAAUAGACGGCAAAAUAGAUCAGUCUGGGAAAGUGACCAUGGUUUUGUACAUAUAUUUCUAAAAAA